AUGCUGGGCAUUCAAUUUCGAUCAUUUUUCUGGUGUUUCUGCGGCCUUGUACUUGUAGAUUCAAUUAUAGCCUUACCGUUGCUGGCACAUCGUCGAAGUGAAUCUUUUUCAGGGUCGGGAACUUAUUACAAUGUCGGUCCAGGCUCGUGUGGCGAGACAAAUUCUGAUACAGAAAUGGUCGUGGCUGUCAACACAGGUCAAAUGAAUAAUGGUCCAAAUCCAAACAGUAACCCUCACUGCCAAAAGACAAUUUCAAUAAAGGGUGAUGAAGGUGUUGUAAAGGCAAGAGUUGUAGACACAUGCCCAGGUUGUUCGGAAGGUGGUCUAGAUAUGUCUCCAGCAUUAUUUCAAAGAGUUUGUGGUGAUCUUGGACGAGGGCGCUGUGAUAUCGAAUGGCACUAUCUUUAA